AUGCGCUUCCUCGCACCGCUCACUGCCUUCGCAGUGACGGGAUGCUGUCAAUCAUUUGAUCCUCUGGUCUUCGUCGACCCCUUGAUCGGCUCCCAACGCGGCGGAAACGUUUUCGCCGGCGCCACAUUACCGUAUGGCCUCGCCAAGGCCGUGGCCGAUGUCGACGGUGAGAAGACUGGCGGUUAUUCAACUGAUGGGAGCAACAUCACGGGCUUCAGCAUCGUUCACGACAGCGGGACCGGUGGAAACCCCAGCUUGGGCAACUUCCCCCUCUUCCCGCAGAUUUGCCCCGGCGACGAGCUCAACGACUGCAAAUUCAGGAUUGGGGACCGAGCAAUACAGCACGAUGUGAACAAGACUAUCGCUGAGCCAGGGUACUUCUCCGUCGAGCUGGCGUCUGGCGUGAAGGCGGACAUGACGGUGUCUGAGCACGCCGCGCUCGUGAGGUUCAAGUUCCCCAGCGGCGGAGACGAGCAUCCGCUUGUGAUGUUGGACUUGACGGAUCUAUGGGCCAGUAGGCAGAAUGCUUCGAUCAAGAUCGACACACCCACCGGUCGAAUGUUUGGAAACGGGACAUUCCUGCCCAGCUUCGGUGCUGGGUCUUACAUGCUUCACUACUGUGUUGACUUCUUUGGAGCCAAGAUCUUCGAUACUGGAGUAUGGGUCAACAACAGAGCUGGUAACGAGCCAAAGGAAUUGUUCAUUACGAGAGGCUUCAACUUGUUCUAUCUCGAGGGCGGUGGUUUUGUGCGUUUCAAAGAGCUGGCCAAUGAUACUGUCACUGCCAGGGUGGGAGUCUCGUUCAAGAGCAGUGAUCAGGCAUGCCGCAAUGCAGAGAAGGAGAUCCAAGAUCCUAUGAACAACUUUGAUGCGCUGGUGAAGACAGCAAAGGACGCUUGGAGGGAGAAGCUGAGCCCGAUAUCAAUCAAGGCGACUGGCACUACGGACGACUUGCAGAAGAGCUUCUGGAGCGGCUUGUACCGUAACAUGAUAUCUCCUCAGAACUACACUGGUGAGAAUCCACACUGGGACAGCGGAAUCCCUUACUUUGACUCAUUUUACUGUAUGUGGGACAGCUUUCGUGCCCAGCACCCUCUACUUACCGUCAUUGACCCAGCAGCCCAGUCGCAGAUGGUCAACUCCAUGCUGGAUAUCUACAAGCACGAAGGCUGGCUGCCAGACUGCCGCAUGUCUCUCUGCAAAGGUUGGACUCAGGGAGGCUCCAACGCCGACGUCGUGAUUGUUGACUCUUACGUCAAAAACCUGACCUCGAUAGACUGGAAGCUGGCUCUCGCAGCCGUAAUGAAAGAUGCCGAAGACGAGCCUCUGGAAUGGUCUUAUGAAGGCCGCGGCGGCCUCACAAGCUGGAAGGCCCUCAACUACAUUCCCUAUCUAGACUUUGAUCCAAUCGGGUUCGGCACGAACUCGAGGAGUAUAACGAGGACUUUGGAGUACUCUUACAACGACUACUCCCUUGCGACGCUGGCUCAGGGACUGGGAGAGAGUCAAUUACACGACAAAUACAUCGUGAGAAGCAUGAACUGGCAGAAUCUGUGGAAAUCGGACCAAAAGUCGCUAAUCAACGGCACUGACACUGGAUUUUCUGGCUUCUUCCAGCCCAAGUACAUGAAUGGAACAUGGGGCUUCCAGGAUCCCAUAGCUUGUUCGAAUCUCGCUGGGUUCUGCUCCUUGACGACAAAUCCAAGCGAGACGUUCGAGGCGAGCAUCUGGCAGUAUCAAUUUAUCGUCCCACAUUCGACAUCAACCCUCAUUGACCUCAUGGGCGGCGACGAUGCCUUCGUCUCCCGACUCAGUUACUUCCACGCCUCGCCCUUAGCCGACAUCUCAAACGAACCCGUAUUCUUGACCGUCUAUCUCUACCACUAUGCCGGUCGUCCAGGUCUCUCAGCGGAACGCAUCCAUAAGUAUAUACCUUCGGCCUUCAACUCCUCGCGCGGCGGAUUGCCGGGUAACGAUGACUCUGGCGCCAUGGGUGCGUUUCUUGCGUUCUCCGUUAUGGGUCUGUUUCCGGUCGCUGGCCAAAACGUCUACAUCAUCACGCCGCCGUUCUUUGAGGAAGUGAGUGUCAAAAGUCCUGUGACGGGGAAGAAUGCUACCAUAAAAUGUGUCGGCUUUGAUGCAGCGUACAAGAACAUCUACGUGCAAAGUGCUAAGCUGGACGGGGAGGCAUAUAACAAGAGUUGGAUCGGACAUGAGCUCUUUAGUCAAGGCAAGACAUUGGAAUUAACGCUGGGAGAUAAGGAGUCGGACUGGGGGAAGAGUAAAGAGGCAAGGCCGCCGAGUUAUGUGGCUGUGUCGAAGACGUGA